UAAUUAAUUACCUUUAAUAUGAUUUGAAAAUUGUAAAACCGAAAUGAAUUGUAUCAGAUCUUUUUUAAUUACUAGCAAUCCGCUUUUUAGUAUUAUUGGCAACAAAAAAGUAUUUCUCAGUGUUAAAAAUCAUUCUACAAGUUCAUUUUUGUGUAAGCUUGAUAACAGUUUAAUUAACAUUUUUGAUCGCAAAACCAAAAGAUUACAACGAAAAAGAGCUGCUGCUGCCGAAGACGUAAAUGUUUAUGAUUAUCUGAAGGAUGAAAUUGGUUUUCGACUGGCUGAUAGAGUCUUUGAUAUUAAAAGAAAAUUUGUAGUUGCGGCAGAUAUAGGAUGCAGUCGUGGUUAUGUUUCUAAACAUAUAUCCCGAGAUUCAGUUGAAGAACUUAUUUUAUGUGAUGUCAGUCAAAAGAAUUUGGACACAGCAAAUGUGCAAGAUGGUAUUAAAGUUAGAAAGCUGAUACUAGACGAAGAACACAUAGAGUUUGAAGCGAAUUCUCUGGACUUGGUCAUUUCCUGUCUUAGUCUACAUUGGGUAAAUGAUCUACCAAUGGCUUUCAAACGAAUUUUGGAGAGCUUAAAAGAAGAUGGGGUUUUACUAGCUUCUGUUUUUGGUGGCGAUACAUUGUACGAACUUCGAUCUUCUUUGCAACUAGCUGAACUCGAACGACGUGGUGGAUUGUCUCCACACAUUUCCCCUUUUACUGAAGUAAGGGAUAUAGGAAGUUUAUUGACAAGAGCUGGUUUUACUAUGUUGACAAUUGAUACAGAUGAAAUUGUGGUCAAAUAUCCAUCUAUAUUUGAUUUGAUGUUAGAUUUAAAAGGUAUGGCUGAGAGUAAUGCUGCUCUAAAUAGAUCACUCCAUUUACAUAGAGAUAUACAAUUUGCUGCAGGAGCUAUUUAUCAACAACUAUAUGGCAAUCAAGAUCCUGAGACUGGAAAAGUUACUAUACCUGCCACUUUUCAGAUAAUUAAUAUGUUGGGAUGGAAACCACACCCCAAGCAACCAAAGCCAUUGGAAAGAGGGACUGGAGAAGUAUCUCUUAAAGACUUACACAAAUUGGAUGAGAUAAUUAAAGAAGUAAAAAAAAUUAAAAUAGAUGAUGAUGAUAAACGUUGAACUGCUGUUACUAUAAUUUUGUAAGAGA